AUGACCAUCGCACCUGCCCCCGUCGCGCUCUUCUCGCACGACAAUCACUCCCCACUUCUCGACCUCCUCCGACCACAUCUCCCUCGCUCGCUCCCGCUGUAUUCGACGCUGCAGACCCCCGGACAGCCUAUCGCAGUCUAUGCCACCUUUCCGCCUGGCGCAGAAGCAGGAGGCGAGGAAGGACGACGGCGGAUUCCCUGGCUCAUCCUCGCAGACCUCGGCAACCAGCUGCGCUUCUUCUGCUCAUACGAAGCGAAGACGGCGCUGAGUGAAGCGGAGAGGUCGGAAGGCGAAGAGCUGGUCGGAAGGGCGCUGCGGCUGUACCUGCUGGAGCAUCACGGAGGUCGAGAUCGUAUAAGCAUCGGAGCGAUACCGGACAUCUGGACAUCCUGCAUCGAGCGCUUCUUCAACACCAAGCCUUUCUCAAACUCGGAAAUCCACUACCUUCUGCCGCACGAUGUUGCCGAGUCUUUACCGGUCAACGGAUCGACGAAAGGAGGUAUUGUGUUACCUGGAGGCGUGGUCGAGACUCAGGGAAGGGAGGAAGACGUAGCAGAGAUUCUCUCAACAUCCGAAGUACCACAUCCUCCGGCUUACAUCGCGACCCGGCUGCCUUACACCACCGUCCUACGCUCCGUCGACAGUUCCACGGCUUCUUCCACCGACUCUACAGCCGUAUCGACCCCCUCUUCCAUCCUUGCUCAUUGCACAACACACCGCGACGGAUCCAUCGGCACCCUUCAUGUCUCCUCUUCACAUCGCCAGCGCGGCCUCGGCGCUCUCGUCCUUCGCACACGGAUAUCUCGCAUGUUCUCCCCCGCCGAGGCGCCACGACAUGUCGAGCCGGAGUGGCGGAGCGCCGCAGCGUUCUGCUACGUGCAUGCGGACAAUCUAGCCAGCAAUGCGUUGAUGCGGAAGGUUGGGAUGCGGAAGAGCGAUUGGGAGGUCUGGUGGGCGCGGGUGAAGCUGCCACUCGAGGCAUAG